GGCGUUUGAUACCUUGGGACGUAACUAUGGUAGAGGAUUGGCUAGCGAUAGAUAUAGGCUUUGGUUGGUUGGAACUGGGACUGGAAGAUAUCGCUAUGUAGCAUUUCGCAAUGCCAUGAUCUUAUGUUUAAUUAGUCUUGCUGGAGUAUUUUCAAAUGGGAAGAUUGCGAUAGCAUUUCAUCCUCACAUUUUGUGGCGUCAUCAGGAUCUACAACUAGGUAUUUUCAUCGCCUUACCUAUAGGUAGCUUAGCGCUAUUCAGCGCUAUGAUUAUAGGGAGUCUUAGCGGGCAGUUAUACCCAGUACCCGUGUUUUUAGCCCCUUUUUAUUAGGUACUAGGUGGUCACCUACUUUAAUAACAGCUGAAAACAAAGUCUUAUAAUUAUGCACUUAUAAUGUUACU